GCGUGCGUGCCUGGCCCCAGUUCGGUUCCGUGAACGGCUUCUUUCGUCAGCGCUUUUCAUCAUUCUCCUUGCGUCCCACAACAACACCGCGCGCUGCCAUCGCCCUAUUGUGCCUCUCUUUUUUCUCUCUACACACAGUACUUCAAUCCUGGAAGAUUGCACACGCCACUCCUUACUCGUCCGCAAUCGCUUUUGGCGCAAUGUAUGCCAGUCGAGCUGCCUCGCGCGCAGCGCCUGCUGUGUUCAGAGCGGGCAUCAGAACCAGUACUCGAACCCAUCGGCCGCUGCUCACGACUUCGUCUGCUAUCCGCAUAUUGAUCCCGCUUCGAUCCUUGCAGACCCAGACGACUUCAUCCGCCUCUACACAAAACUAUCCGCCUCCAGGCUUCGACCCCAAGCAGGCAAGCAAACCCGCCCCUAAGCAGGAGCAACAGCAAGCCCAACCCAAGAUCAGCCCGGUGCAGGACAAGGAAAACACCGUCGUCCCCAAGACCGGCCCAACUGCUCAUCCCAAGACACCAGCCCAGGAUGUACACACCAUGAGCGAGUUAGCAACUGAGAAGGCGGCGGCGGAGACCAAGGAGGAAAAGAAAGUCAUAACCAAGAAGGAGGAAGAGAAGAAGAAGGUGACUCUAUGGCAGAAGGUGAAACAUGAGCUAGUCCACUACUGGGACGGUACAAAGCUGCUCGGAUUUGAGAUCAGGAUCAGUACGAAGCUGGCCUUGAAGAUGACUGCUGGCUACGAGCUCACCCGCCGAGAGCGUCGACAGUUGCAACGAACAGUUCAAGAUCUUGGACGGUUGAUCCCCUUCCUUCCGUUCGUAAUCGUUCCUUUCGCAGAACUGCUACUCCCCGUAGCCCUGAAGCUCUUCCCCAACAUGCUUCCCAGCACAUACGAGGGGCAGUCAGCCAAGGAUGACAAAGCUAAACAACUCCGGUCGACCCGGAAGGAAGUCAGCGACUUCCUCCGCCAAACUUUGAAGGAGACUGGUUUACCUGUGUCUGCCGAGAAUGCGCAAACCGCCGAGUUCGGCGAGUUUUUCCGAAAGGUUCGAACAACUGGCGAGAAGCCUACCCCAGCAGAGAUCAUCAAGGUGUGCAAGAUUUUCAAGGACGACUUGACUCUCGACAACUUGUCCCGACCUCAGCUGGUCUCUAUCUGCCGAUACAUGAACAUUACUUCUUUUGGCACAGACAACUUCCUGCGCUACCAGGUCCGCGUUCGCAUGCGCCAGAUCAAGCGUGACGAUAGGGCUAUUGCUUAUGAAGGUGUCGAAACGCUCUCCGUGCCAGAGCUCCAGACUGCUUGCGCCAGCCGCGGUCUCCGAACCUACGGUGUCUCUCCUGGCAGGUUGCGCGACGACCUACAGGCUUGGCUUGACCUGCGUCUGAAGCACGGAGUACCUUCCACGCUGCUCGUGCUUUCCAACGCCUUCGUGUAUGCUCAGGGCAAGGAAUCGGAAAUGACGUCGCAGAUCGAUGCUUUGGAGGCUGUUCUGUCCAGUAUCCCCGAGGAAUUGUACCACGAGAUCGAGCUUGAAGUGCACAACACCGAAGGCGCCGCAACCAACAAGCAGCGUCUCGAGGUUCUUAAGGAACAGCAAGAGCUUAUCAACGAAGAAAACGAGCAAACGCAAGCGGUCGAGAACAAGGCCACUGCAUCACCGAAAGAUCACGAAGACAUUGAUGAGGAUGACAAGCCAAAACGGAAAGAGGCGAAGGAAGCCAAAGAAGCUGAGGAGAGUAAGGAGGCGGAGGCCAGCACCGGUGACUCGACGGGCGGAAGCGCCGAGCGAACUGAGCAAGAUGAUCGGGCCAGGAAAGGCGAAGAGCCGCAGAGCAAGGAAGAAAAGUCUGCUGAGGCAGCCCGAAAAGAGUAAGCGGAGUCAUGAAUACUAUUCUCUACUUGUGUAACUAGAAACGAACUCCCUUCCCCACGUCUAGAAGUGGGCUGUAUAGAAAAUACCCGAAAGCCAUCUUUGGAUGAGAUGAAUAGAAUUGUAUAUAUAUGUAAGAAAAUUAAGAAACAAUGUGCCCAAAGCCAUUAAUAUAAGACCUUAUUU